AUGUCGUCGCCAGAGAAAACGAUACACACCUAUCACUGCAUCUGCACACAGCUCGUACUAGCCACCACAACCCCCCUCCCGAGCCUCAAAACGCGAACCUCGGACUCCUCACACAUCCUCCCUCUCCCCUCGCUCUCUUCAACCUCGCCAACCUCCCAUUACGCUUCCCUAGCCAACACAAUCAUCGAUGCCAAACCCACAGUCAUCCGCCUCGAAGACGGUUUCGAAAAGCGCUACUUUCACAAGUGCGGCCGUUGCGAAUUGAGCGUUGCGUACUCGCUGGACAAGAGUCAGUUUGACGAUACAAAAUCUUCUUCUGGAGCUAGAGAGGAUGUCGCGUUCUUGAUUCCUGGAGGCUUGGUGGAUACUGAGGAUAUGAAGAGGGGCAAGGAUAUGGAUGCUGAAAUUGCCAAGGUUGGCGUCAAGGCUACUUGA